AUGGUCGCGCCCGAGCCGGAGAACAUGAAGAUUGACGCGGUCUCUGGGGAGAGGCAAAAGCUGGAUCGUCGAAAGCGCCGCUGUCCGGUUCCUGCUGAUCGGACGCAUGCGUUUGUAGACUCUUCUGCUGGCGAAGGGACCGACGGCGAGUCAAACGCGGUCGCCGGCUUCCUUGAUUUGCGGGAAAACCUCGGUGGGUGGACAGCGUUGCACCUCGCUGCAAUUGGAGGACACCUGGAUGUGGUGUAUAUGUUGAUGGAAGUGGGCUGCGAUCCUCGAGUCAAGGACAAAGUUGGAGAUCAACCAAUCCAUUGCAUACGGCGCAAGAGGACAUCGGAGGGACUGGUGACGCGAUUACGCAACGCUUUGCUUGAUCUAUCAGAUUCAGAGGAGAGCAGCUGCGAGGAGAACAUGGAGCCUCAACCCAGAAGAGGAUCCAUCAGAGAGCGACGUAGAUACCGUUAG